GGCGCGUGCAUGUGUGCGGCGGCGGCGGCGGCGGCUGGAGUGGCUCGCGCUCUGUCGGUGAGGGAACUUAAAGCAGCGCGUGAAGCUUGAAAGAUUGAUUAUUUUCUUUUUUGUGCAUGAAAGUUGUUGUUGUUGUUGUUGUUGUUUUCCCCAAAAAACUCUGCGCGUGUAUCUGAGAGGAUCUGAGCCCUGGACAUGUCAGAGCUGGAGAGAUGGACACCAGACCUCCAGUUUUACUAACUUGAGACCAAAGGACUCCCCAUAGAACAUGUGGAUCAGGAAGGUACGAGUGUAGAACAUUCACACACGUUUAAAUCAGAUCUGUGUGAGAGAUGGGCUCCAGUCUGACGUACGUUGGCAUAGCGUGGGCUCUGAUCUCACUGCUAAGCGCCGCCGUCUCCUGUGUGGGAUUCUUCAUGCCCUACUGGCUCCUGGGCUCUCAGAUGGGGAAGCCGGUAUCGUUCGGGACGUUCCGGCGCUGCUCGUACCCGGUGCGCGAUGAGGUCCACGGCGGCACGGUGAUGAUGGAGCAUUGUGGACGCUAUGCCUCGUUCCUGAGCAUCCCCAGUCUGGAGUGGAGGAUCUGUACGGUGGUGACGGGAACCGGGUGUGGCCUGCUGCUGCUCGUGGCCCUCACGGCUCUCAUGGGCUGCUGUGUGUCGGACAUCAUAUCACGCACCAUCGGGCGAGCAGCAGGAGGGAUCCAGUUUGUAGGAGGUUUGCUGAUCGGCUCUGGUUGUGCUCUGUAUCCUCUCGGAUGGGACAGUGAGGAGGUGAAACAGACCUGCAGCAACACCUCCGACCAGUUUAAACUCGGUUCGUGUGAACUCGGCUGGGCUUUUUACUGCACGUGUGUCGGAGCUGCCGUCACUGUGCUGCUGUGUACGUGGAUGUCCUGCUUCGCCGGGAAAAAACAGAAACACUAUCCAUACUGAGAGCGCACACACACACACACACACACAUUUAACACACACACACACAUUUAACACACCCAUGUUUUACGACUCCUGAAAGACACUGAACUUUCUUGCAUGACUGACCUUUGACCUUCCAAGGUGUGUUUUUGGAUUUUUUUUUUCAGAGUGGCACAAGGACAAUCUGCUCUUUAUUUACUAAGCCAGUUUUAAUUUUUAUUUGUUUAUUUAACAUAGAAAAGUUGUAUUUUUUUGUCCUCAGUGUAUAACUAAAGUUAUUCAGGUCACCGAUUUUUCAGUUUAUUAGUUAUUGAUAAUAAAAAAAACUGUAAGUCUGCACAUUUUAUUUUAUUUUAUUUUAUUUUAAUGUUGUAAUGCUUUAUAUUUAAAUAAUAAGAACUGUUUAUUGCCUUAAAUUUCUCACAUGCAAUAAAAACCGGCUCGUGUGGAGCAUUUGUUUGAAA